AUGUCAUUCCACUAUGAACAGCGACGCCUAGAGAAUGAGCGCGUUGCUCUCGUUCCAUUCGAUCCCUCUAUUCAUUCGGCGAAUUUCAUGAAAGAGAAAGAAACGAACCCAGAAAUACGUAAAUAUGUCGUCGUUCCCGCCGCCAAAUCAGUAGAAGAAUUCAGUGCAUUCUACGAAGAGAACAUCAAUUCUUCACCCGGCGACUGUCUGUACGCUAUUAUCGACAAAAAAUUCACCAAGGGGGAGAAAGAUCCAAGUGCGAACUAUGCUGGCACUAUUGCCCUGGCAUCAACCAAUCCAGUAAAUGCGUCCACAGAAAUGGGUAUCAUGGUCUUUUCGGCAUUCCAGCGCACGCACGUGUCGUCGAACGCGAUAGGGCUUCUACUACAAUAUACACUCGACCCACAUUCUGUGGGCGGCUUAGGGCUGAGGCGAGUUGAGUGGAGAUGUCAUGCUGGGAAUCAGGCAUCUAGACACGCUGCUCUGCGGAUGGGGUUCGAGCUUGAAGGAAUCUUGCGAUGGGACAGAACCUUCCCUGGAGGGACGAUUGGACUCCCCGUGGAUGCCCUGGAGAAGAGGAAUGGAUCUUCGGGGGAAGAGCUAGGGCGACACACUGCCGUCUUUUCCAUUGUUUGGGAUGAAUGGGAUGAAAAGCGACCUAAAGUUGUGAAGCAGAUGGAGCGAGAGAAAUAG